AUGGCAAGCUCUAGCAACAGAAUGCAAACCUCCUCCGCCAAGGGCAACAACUACAUCCAACAUAAGCAUGCCAAAGACGGCUUGGCCUCUCGUGUCGAGCACCAAGAGUCCCCCGCGAAGCAGUCGCUUUGGUACCGCGCAUACGACGCCCUCAGAAAGACGAAGACACAGUUGGUGGAGGACUACGAGAAACUGCUCGCAGAGGAGGAGCAGACGGCUAAUUUAUCUUUAAAUAACGGGGCUCCCGCACAACCUAAGCCACUACAUGAUGUGACUUUCGGCCCCGACAGUCAGUCUCGCCAAGCACAACUAAACACGGUGAUCGAGCAGGGUUUACGACGAGUUGAGGAGAGGAAAGCCAAAUACACGAUAGCUGGCCAUGAGUUUGUCCUGAGGGAUCAGGUUGCGCAGGCGGCGAAGUGGAUGCUGUGGGCGAAAGACUGGGUCGGCAAUGCCGUCCAGGCUUCACCGCAAGCUUCCAUCGCGUGGGCCGGUGUUUGCCUUAUCCUCCCGCUUCUCACAAACCCCACGACUGCAGCUGAAGCUAGGCGUGAUGGAUUUACUGAUGUCACCGCCCGUAUGCGGUACUACGUCGCGUUGGAGCCUCUGUUACGGCGGCUUGGCCAGAAUACUUUGGUCGCCGAGACGGUGAUGUCGGAAACCAACGGCCAUCUCAUCGACCUUUAUCAACUUAUUCUCGAGUUCCAGCUCUGCAGCGUCUUGCGGUUUUAUCAAAGCCACGCCAAAACCUAUGUUCAUGACAUGUUUUCAUCGAAAGACUGGAAGCAGAUGACACUCGACAUCAAGGCGCGAGAGGAGGCCGUCAACAAAGAUCUGAGCCAGAUCAACGAGUUGGCAACGAGACAAGAACUUGAACUUCUGAACAAGACGAGUGCAGAUGCACUCAAAGGCAUGGAGGGUUUCCUAUCGGUCUCGACGCAGCAAUUGGCCGUCUUACAAGAGCAACUAGCAAUACAACAAGACACCGUGCGCCAACAACUGUCCAACGAGCAGAUGAAGUGUUUACAGCUGUUUUGUCUCACCGAAAACGAUCACGACGCCACGUACGACUGGUACAAAGACCGCGUGGAAGACCGUAUAAAAGGCACGUGUCAGUGGUUCCUCCAACACGCCCACUUCCAGAGGUGGCUGGCGCAGGAGUCAGGUCCACUACUGGUCUCAGCGGACCCUGGGUGUGGAAAAUCGGUGCUGGCUAAGUACCUGAUUGACACAGGGCUGGCGCAACAGCCAGGUACAAUCUGUUACUUUUUCUUCAAAGACCAAGACCAGAACACGGCCCGCCAAGCGUUAUGUGCUGUACUCCACCAGUUGUUCUCCCAAAAGCCGACACUGAUUCAACAUGCCAUGGAGUUGUUCAAAAAACAGGGUUCAGCUCUAACCCAGUCCGACAAGUCGCUUUGGACGAUCCUCGGAGAUGCUGUACGAGAUCCACAUGCCGGAUCUGUUACAAUCGUUCUAGACGCUCUAGACGAAUGUGCCGAGUCGGAGUUUAAAGACUUAAUACGGAAUAUGGAGAGUCUAUUCCGUCUUACACAGUCGGCCAAAAAUACAAAGUUAAAGUUUCUUUUAACAAUCCGCCCGUACGAAAAACUCAUAAACGAGUUCUCGGACUUGUUAGACGCUUUCCCGCAAAUUCGUAUACCAGGAGAGGAUAAGUCGGAAACAAUCAACCAAGAAGUCAACCUCGUCAUCCAAUACCGAGUCGAACAACUAGCGAGAAAACAACGGCUUUCAGACAAGAUCAAGUCCUCUCUGGAAAAAAGGUUGCUUGAAAUUGAGCACCGUACAUACCUCUGGGUUUACCUUGUGUUCGACUAUUUAGAGACAGGCUUUAAAAAGACAUUAAAGGGAGUCCAGGCUGCUUUUCAAACUCUACCAAAGAGUGUCGACCAGGCAUACGAGCGAAUUCUGAAUAAGUCCAGGGACGACCCAAUGGUCAAGAAAGUCUUGAGUAUCCUUUUGGUAGCAAGUCGGCCAUUAACGCUCGCGGAAAUGAACGUUACUACGAAAAUAAUCGGCCAAGGACAGUCAUUCCGCGACCUCGAAUUUGAGGAAGAAGCAGACUUCAAAUCACGUCUCCGAACGUGGUGUGGACUGUUUAUCUCCAUUCAUCACGGCAAGGUUUACUUUCUUCACCAAACUGCCCGGGCGUUCCUUAUAGAGUCGUCAUCUACAGCAGCUUCGCCAGAGCUACGAUGGCAUCACUCUAUCACCACCCGUCAUGCACACACUGUUCUUGCCGAGAUUUGCGUGUUCUAUCUGAACAUGUUUCACUCCGAAGAAAGAGAGUCACCCAGUCAUGAUGUCCGUCACGGUGCCCUUUUACGUUACUCGGCCGAAAACUGGGCCGUUCAUCUCAACAAGGCUGAAAUUGAAAGUAACUCCGCGAUGGUGACUCUCGCUCUCGGACUUUGUGACACAGAUUUGACGAGUAAUUCAGUCUGGUUCAACAUUUACGCAGAGACUAAACCAUGGAAUACUCUUACGAGUUAUACAACUCUUUUAUUAGCGUCACAUUUUGGACUGACUUACGUGGUAAAACUAUUACUCGACAAGGGCGCCGACAUCGACGCAAAGACUAAGACUGGUACGACUGCGAUAUUGUUUGCCGCCAGUAACGGUCACGAGGCCGUCGUACGGCUACUAAUCGACAACGGUGCCGAUAUUGAGUCGAAGGAUAAUAAUGGUCUAACGGUGUUAUCGCGUGCCGCCGCAUGGGGCCACGAGGCCAUCGUACGGCUACUACUCGAAAAAGACGUCGAUACCGAGUCGAAGGAUAUUGAUGGUGUGACGGCGUUAUCGUAUACUACUUUAUGGAGGGGUAACGAGGCUAUCGUACAGUUACUACUCGAUAAAGGUGUCGAUAUUAACGCAAAGAAUAAUCGUGGUUUGACGGCGUUGUCGUUUGCUAGUAUGAGGGGUUACGAGGCCGUCGUACGACUACUACUCGAUAACGGUGCCGAUGUUAAGGCGAAGGAUAAUGAUGGUAUGACGGCAAUGAUGUUUGCCGUUAAGAAUGGCCACGCGGCUAUCAUCGAACUGUUGGAAUUGUAUGGUGUCUAA